AUGUGGAGCACUCUGCUCUUCCUGACCCAGGGUCCCACCCCCUUACCAGGUGACCCCACAGCUUGUGCCUCCUUGUAUCAGAGUCCGUGCUCUGUUCAAAUGCCAAAUGAUAUUUAUUACUUUAGAAGAGAGAGGGAACUGGCACUGAAGAAAACCUUACAGGUGGCCGAGUCGAAGCCCCUUGUUAUUCAGGCAGACGUCAUGCAGAGGGAGCUAGAGAGCUGCCUAGGAAGGGAGUACACCCCUGAAAAUUUACCUUUGCUUCUAUUGCAGGACAAUACCACAUUGACUAGGACAGUUCCAGCCCUUAAAAAGCUAUUGGCUGUGGCCAGGGACCAGAGUCCUGCAUUGCCCAUUGUCCAAUGUCAGAAAACAGUUGCCUUGUAUAUUGUGUCCGAUUUUCUAGUUGUUUAUGAUAGAAGGAAACAAGUUGGCUACAUUAUGCAGGAGUACAAUGACUCCUUUCAGAGAGCUGAAAGAUUGUCUGUUGCUCGAGAAAACUUCCUCAUGGGAAAAAACAAUCCUCCUAACUUAGUGACACAGGAAGAUCUGACUAUUUACACAAAGUGGUUAGUGUGCCACCUGCACUCUCUCGGGACUGUUCACCAGUACCUGCAGGCCCUCCAGUAUUUGCCCAUCUCCAAAGUGCUGAGUGUAGCUUUCAAGCAAGUCGCUGAAGUUGGUCAGAAAAAUGAAAAUGUCUGUGUCAAUGGCAUUGACCCUGACAUUCAGGGUUCUGCAUCUCCUGACCCUGUGGAUACCAGCAUUUCUGGGCCAAUGAGAACAGAAGCUGCUUUUGUCCUCCCCCAACAUGCAACAGAAACAGGAGAACUGAAACCUCAGCUGAAGCUCCUGCUCUCCCAUUUCAAUAUCCCAUAUGACGUAGAAGAGCUAUGGGACUCUGCUAAGGAAAUGGAACUUUUUUCCUUGAUCAAGCCAAAAUGUGAUCCGUGGCAAAAGAAGCUUUUGACUAAAUUAAAAGAACGGAGAAGAACAGAUGCAUUAUUGCAACUUCAAGCAAAGUUUUUGAAGGAACCACCAUACUCUUUUCCACAGCAUUUGCACCGUUUUACAAUACCACCAACAGUGUACAAACGUUCCAAUUUUGCCACAUCUUCACCAACACUGGUUAUUUUAUGA